AUGGGAUUAUCAAUAACCUUGCUCUUUUUAGCUACAACAGUUGUCUUUGCUGAUGAUAAUGAUAAUAACAAUCGCCUGAAAAUUGGAUUUGGAUCUUGCCACAAGAACAAACGAGCAGGGAAACCACCUAUUUGGGACUCCAUUCAAAAGGAAGCCUUGGACGUUUGGGUCUGGACGGGAGAUGCUGUAUAUACUUCCGGGAGGGAUGCUGAAACUGGUAAGAAACAUUACCGACCGGCAGAGCCUUCGGAACUACAAUUGGAAUUUGAUCAACUAAAAGAGAAUGCCACCAUUGGAUACAAGGAAUUUCUGACCCACAAAGAGGACCUUCAGAUCUACGGAGUCUGGGACGAUCAUGACUUUGGAGGCAAUGACAUUGGCAUACACAUGCCCGACAAACGAGAGCGACAACAACUCUUUUGGAACUUUCUUGGAUAUAAACCCCACACACAUGAUGGUGUAUAUCAUUCUGUGGAUCUUCAAAAUGGAAAAGUCAAGUUGAUCAUGCUCGAUACCAGAUGGUUCCGGGACGACCAUUGCAUACCAUCAUUUGCUUCUUAUAUCCCGUUUGGUAAUUUGAUUGCGUGUGUCACUCGAUGGCUGACGGCAGGAUUGUAUCUCCACAAGUUUGCUUGGAUGUGGAAUAUGGACAAAUGUGAACAAGGAGAAGUCUUGGGCCAAGACCAAUGGGAUUGGCUGGAAGCCACACUUGCGGUAGCUCGGGCCAAUCCAGAAACCGAAGCUGUCUUGAUUGUAAGUAGUAUUCAAGUACUCACUACUGGUCCGAGCAUGGAGAGUUGGGGUCAAUUUCCCAAGGAACAAGAACGUCUCUGGAACCUCCUACAACAUCAUUAUUCCAGCCCGUUGACUGCAAACCCGCCUAUCUUUUUCCUGAGCGGAGACGUCCAUCAUGCCGAAAUGUCCGGUCAGAAAGGAUACAUGGAAAUCACCAGUAGUGGAAUGACACAUCACUGUGCACAACCAAAAUUGUAUGGUCACAUGUGCAAGCCCCUGCUGCAGACGUUCCACAAGCAUCGGCACUCCUACGAUGAUUACUUUAUUGGUCUAAACUACGGAAUGAUUGACUUUGACUGGACAUCCCGACUCAUGACAACUCACAUCAAGGAUAAUACUGGAAGGAUAGUACUAUCCUAUUCGCAGUCCUUGGACGAUCGAGUCACGGGGCUUGGGCCUUAUGCUGAUCUUCCUCAUACCUGGGAUGGUCAUUUGAUACCACUGCUUCUCUUGGUUCUGACAUUGGCGGCAUUUGGUAUACGAGCAUGGCGACGUAUACAACAGGAUUCCCAUCCGAGCAAAUUCAAAGGAGAGUAG